CAAUCAUGGCUGACGACUCGCAGAGAAACUUUCGCUCAGUGUAUUAUGAAAAAGUGGGGUUUCGUGGAGUUGAAGAAAAGAAAUCACUGGAAAUUCUGUUAAAAGAUGACCGUUUGGAUAUUGAGAAGCUUAGCACAUUUAGUCAAAGGUUCCCUCUCCCGUCCAUGUACCGCAUACUGGUGUGGAAAGUGCUUUUAGGAAUUAUUCCUCCUCACCAUGAAUCUCAUGCUUUGGUGAUGAAGUACCGGAAGGAGCAGUACUGGGAUGUUCACCAUGCUCUUCGUGUAAUUCGUUUUGUUAAUGAUUCUACCCCACAGGUAGAUGUUUUCCUCCGCAUACAUCAACUGGAAUCAGGAAAAUUGCCUCGAAACUUGGCUUUUCCAUUGGACCCUGAGGACGAAGUGUUCCUUGCUAUUGCGAAAGCAAUGGAGGAGAUGGUGGAGGACCCUAUAGAAUGCUACUGGCUUGUCAGUUGCUUUGUGAAUCAGCUGAACAGCAAGCACAAAGAUUCCUUGCAACAACUGCCCAAAUUUCUGGAGCAGUAUUUGAACAUUGAAGAUAACAGACUCCUGAUGCAUCUGAAAGCGUGUGCUGCGAUGAGCAAACUCCCUUACGAUCUCUGGUUUAAAAAGUGUUUUGCAGGCUGUUUACCUGAGUCCAGUCUCCAGAG